UAACGUCCAUUGAAUGUGCUUUGGAAACUCGUGUUUUCACGUUUAACUGAUAUAUGUUACAAUCAUAAAACUAUGUGUAAUUUUGCGACAUAAAGACUAGCCGGGUUACUGAGCAUGAGCAGCUUAGCAUUGAAUACAAGUACGGAAUCUGACGAGGGGCAAUAAUGACAGAUGCUUUUUUUGUGCUGUGCAGGAGGGAGUGGAAUCACUGAAUGUGGUGAUGAUUCACUGCUUUUCGCUUACGCUUUGACAUUAAUUUACUACAUCAAAUAGUGACUGUUGCAUUUUUGUAAACAAAAUUAAUGCUUGCUAGACCUCCUCAAAUUCCAUGUGCACUAAUGAUGCACUACUCCAACUGGUUGAUUGGCGUUAAAAACAGGGCAAACCUCCGGAAUGCAUGGAAAAAUGGGGCUAACAGUGACUGGAACAACACCGGAGAUGUUGUGGACGUGCAGAACCGCCACAGCCCGAAGCCCGGCGAGAAGACAUGCAAGCUAGCCGUCACCACCCAUCUCUGGAAAAAGGGCUACAAAAUAAUCAAGAAGAUCGGAGAGGGCAGCUUCUCCGAGGUGGUCAAAACUCAGAGCCUGAAGGAUGGGAAAUACUACGCGUGCAAAACAAUGAAGCAGACCAUUAACAGUGUGGAGCAGGCCAACAACCUGCGGGAGGUUCAGGCGAUGCGGAGACUCAGCCCUCAUGCCAAUAUCAUCCAGCUGCAUGACCUCGUUUUUGACAAAGAAAGCGGCACCGUGUCGUUGAUUUGCGAGCUGAUGGAGAUGAACAUAUAUGAGCUCAUUAAAGCAAGACAAACACCAUUGCCGGAUCAGACGGUGAGACACUACAUGUACCAGCUGUGUAAGUCACUUGACCACAUGCACAGCUGCGGGAUCUUCCACAGAGACGUGAAGCCAGAAAACAUUCUCAUCAAACACAACGUUCUGAAGCUGGGAGACUUUGGGUCGUGCAGGAGCGUGCAUUCCAAACCCCCCCACACAGAGUACAUCUCCACCCGCUGGUACCGAGCCCCGGAGUGCCUCCUCACUGACGGCUAUUACAGCCUGAAGAUGGACAUCUGGAGCGCCGGCUGUGUUUUCUUUGAGGUCAUGAGCUUGAAUCCCCUCUUCCCCGGCACCAACGAAUUGGACCAGAUCGCCAAGAUCCACGAUGUGUUGGGAACUCCCGAUCAAAGCGUCCUGCGAAAAUUCAAGCAAUCCAAAGCGAUGCAUUUCAACUUCCCUGUUAAGAAAGGAUCCGGAAUCUCACGCCUUAUUCCCGACUGCCCGGCCCCAGCUUUGUCUCUACUGUAUCAGAUGCUGGCCUAUGAUGCCGACGAACGCAUCACGGCAGAAACUGCCCUGAGGCACGCAUACUUUCGGGAAAUUCGGUUGGCAGAGAAAAAAGCUGAUGGAGUCUCCUCUGACCUCCUGUGGCGACCCACUCGACUUGGCAAACAAAUGAGGGGGAGACACACGAGGCCCACCCCUUUAAUUGGUCACAACACAAAGAACGUAGCAGAGCCCCUCUGCAGACGGAACAUCCCCCAUUACACUACUGAGCUGCCCAAACUCAACAUGGCUGUCACAGGGCCACAGCGGUCCUUCCCGGCUUCGCCCGCGUUCACACUCACCCACAGGGGCACCCUGCCAGCCAUCGCCUCCAAGAAAUGCCAGUCACGUUUGGCCAAGUCCGAGUCACAAAAGGUGGCCUUAAAGCCCUUCUACAUGCCGCCCCUGGGCAGGAAACACGGAGGAGGCUGCUGAGAGCCAAAGACACUUCAACAUUUGAUUAAAAACUUCCUCUCAAAACAGGAUAGACGUGAAAAUUCCCCCUGGCUGGUCAAUAAUAGCUCUGUUACCACUAGGGAGUUAUUUGCAAGCAAGCAGAAACAGCUGUACAUGAGGAGAAACGUCCUUCUGGUCCUAUGUAUUACAUAUAUUACAAAAAAUACUAUUG